CAUGGUCAGUCAGGGUUGUGUAAGACUUGCCAGCCUCACCUGCCCUGGGGAACUUGAUCAAGAUAAGAAAAAGGAAACACCAGAAGAAACAGAAAACGUCAACAAGGUGCAACUGGAGAAACAAAUCCAAGAUGAAGAAACUGAAGCUGAAGCUGAAGAGGCAGAUAAAGCCAUACUUGAGAGGAGUGAUUCAGUGAAAACGGAAUGUCCCCCCCAGGCAGAGAAACAAAUCCAAGAUGAAGAAACUGAAGCUGAAGCUGAAGAGGCAGAUAAAGCCAUACUUGAGAGGAGUGAUUCAGUGAAAACGGAAUGUCCCCCCCAGGCAGAGAAGCAAAUCCAAGAAGAGGAAUGUGAAACUAAAGAGGCAGAUAGAUCUGAGGGAACUGAGUUGGGGAAACUUCCCUCCCAGCUAGAGCAGCUGCCUGAUAACGUCAUGCUGGCAGGCGUCAAGAUCCAGGCCUGGUGGCGAGGCACACUGGUGCGCCGAACCCUGCUGCUUGCAGCCCUCAACGCUUGGACCAUUCAGUGCUGGUGGAGAGAGGCAAAGGCCAGGCUGCAGGGGAGGAAGUUACAUGAGGUGAUGCGCUACAGACUGAGCUGCCUUCGCAUCAAACCUGGGAAUCCCCUGUGAACCCACGGGUACCUAAGGACCUUUUUCCAUGACCUAGGAGGGCGAUGAACUUGAUUUUCUUCAACUGUUUCCGUAACUGUUUUUGUGAAGUAUUGACCACUACAUGAAAGAAAGUGUGAUUGUUUGUGGAGUGCGGGAAAGG